AUGCCAGAUUUCGGUGGCUUGCACAGCUGGACGUCGAAGCUGCGGGCAUUUCUGAAAACACCAUCUUCCUCCACCACCAAACAUUCCUCGAUCCGCGCGCAGAAAAAACGAACGUCAAUUCCAUUCCAACCCGUCAAUCCCAAUCUUAUGGAUACAUCAUUGCACCACGUCUGGGAGAGCGCUUCCGGCAACCCAUUCAUCCCAACCGUCAGCAAGGAUAGCCACUUCGUCGUUGGCUUUUCCCUAUUGACAAUUGGACUUCUCCUUUCCGGACUGUUUGGCCUGAGUAGGUUUGGAACCUAUCUUGGGUAGCUGGCCUUUCUAAUCGUGAAAUAGACCGAUCUGUGGUCAACAUCCCAUUAAUUGGGAUUCCAGCUUCGUUAUCCAUUGCGUAAGUAUAACCCAUUGGAUGAUACUUGACGUCUUUCUCAUGUACGGCAGAUUCGGUGCGGUGUAUAUGAUCUGCGCGGUUGGCGUUUAUGUUUAA